CCUGCCUGCCUCUCUCCUCAGGAUGACCAACUUCUGGAUGACAGCAAGACCCUGGGCGAGUGUGGCUUCACCAGUCAAACAGCGAGGCCCCAGGCCCCAGCCACUGUGGGGCUGGCCUUCCGGGCAGAUGAUGCAUUUGAAGCUCUGCGCAUUGAGCCCUUCUCUAGCCCUCCAGAGCUGCCCGACGUGAUGAAGCCACAGGACUCAGGAAGCAGUGCCAAUGAACAAGCCGUGCAGUGAUUGGGCCUGGGGCCCACUCCUCCCCAGUGCCCCAUCCCCCCCAAUAAAAGAUUUGGGUGUCUGCCUGGUUGCUGCCUCUUUAUGCGCACCCUCUCCUGAUUCAAGGCAUCAUCCUCACCAGGGUGGGCUCACUCCUUGCGAGACUCCUCUCCAGCCUCUCUUGCUUGCCAGGCUGGCCUGCUGGACCACAGGUUCUCUGUGCUCAUCAAUCCAUCCCCAGCCCAGCCCGUCCCUGAAAGGCCAUGGGGAGAGAACUGGGAGAAACCCAGGGCCCCAGGCUAGUUUUUUUCAGCCUGCUCCUGCCUAGGGGCAAAAGGUUUGAGGCUUCAAUAGUCCCCUUUGCCGCUUCCCCCUCCACUUCUGCACACUGGCUUCCAGGCAGGUACCUCUUUCCUGCUCAGAGACCAGAAGCAAAAGUGUAAGCCAGAACCAGUGUGUGGCUUCAGAGCGGUCUAUGUGGAACCCUGUAGUCACUAGAAGGGGCAGCUCUUCUCCCUGCCCUUCUCCACCCUCUAAUAAACAGUCUGUAGACCCAA